GAAAACUUAUGAUAAAUAAAAGGGGAGGGGAAGGAAAAAUUGGAGAAGUGGGCAUAGUAGCCAAAUCUACCGCUUGCAACCCCAACGACCCCGCAAGAGCAAACCCCGGCGACCUCACGAACGGCCGACCAACUGGAACCACCACGAUUCCAACUCUGGCAAGUCUUUGCAGCGACUGUGGCUCUGCAUCAUUGAAAAGUUCUCUUGCUCUUAUCGAUGCAGGACUCCCAAGAGCCAAGACAUGAAUUUUGGGUGGGUCAACGAGUGCGUGCAUUGGGUGAUCCUCAACGAAUUGGUACAGUUAAGUAUGUGGGACCUAUAGAAGGCUAUUCAGACACUUGGGUUGGAGUUGACUGGGACAACGGAGAAGGCAAACAUGAUGGAUCCAUGAAUGGUGUCCGCUACUUCCAUGCUAAAUCAGAUAGAUCAGGGUCAUUUGUUCGUCCCCACAAUCUAAACCAAGGGAUUUCAUUGCUUGAAGCUCUUGAAAGUCGAUAUAAAAGUGACUCUACAAAAGAUGAAGAGGAUGAAAUGUAUGUCCUUUCAACAAGCAACCAGCGAGUAUCUGUUCAACUUUUGGGUAAAGAUCAAAUUCAAGAUAAGCUAAGAAGAUUUGAGGAAUUAACUAGUGUAUCAUUGUCAUACAUGGGCAUUAGUUCCCCUGGAAUCCCUUCUCACAUUAAUAACACGGUGCCAAAUAUAAAAGAACUUGACCUGACUGGGAACUUGCUUUCAGAGUGGAAGGAUGUUGGCACAAUUUGUGAACAGUUGCCUGCUCUGAGGACAAUCAAUUUAUCCAACAAUUUAAUGUCACCCUAUAAAACCAAUCUUCCAAUACUGAAAAUCAUCCAAGUUCUGGUUGUAAAUAAUACUGGCGUAGAUUGGGAACAGGUUGAGUUGCUUAGACAAUCGCUGUCAACAAUUGAAGAGCUACAUAUAAUGGGAAACAAUAUAAGCAGAAUACUGCCCGGGUCAUCCUCUACGGUUCAGGGAUUUGAUUGUCUGCGGCUGUUGAAUUUGGAAAACAACUGUAUAGAUGAAUGGAAUGAAAUCAUGAAGCUUUCUCAGCUAAGAUGUUUGGAGAAGCUUUAUUUAAACAAGAAUUGUUUGAAUUCUCUAUUUUAUCCGGAUAAUAAUGAGCGGUAUGAAUCAGAAGUUACAUGCUAUAAACCCUUCCAAAAUCUAUGCCGCCUUCUAUUGGGUAAUAACAACAUUGAUGAUCUGGCCUCCAUUGACUCAUUAAACUUGUUUCCUAGUUUGGUGGAUAUCAGGCUUUCUGAAAACCCAAUUACUGAUCCUAGAAGAGGCGGGGUUCCAAGAUUUGUUUUGAUAGCUCGUUUAGCAAAAGUUCAGAUAUUAAAUGGGAGUGAGGUUACUCCUCGUGAAAGGAAGGACUCUGAGAUUAGGUAUGUUCGGCUUGUUAUCUCAAGGUUGCAUACUAGUCCUGAAGAAAUCAAACAGCAUCCCAGGUAAAUUCACGGACAAUAUCUGGAACCUUU